AUGUUCAGCUUGAGCUCCUGCAUGAAAACAAAGAAAACAGCAAUUUUGAGCCUAAAUGCUGGGCUCAAAAGCAAAGACUUGUCAGAAUUUACACACAGGGGGCUCCGGGCACACGACACUAUACUUACCCUGAAUCCACCAUCGAUGACAGCCCGGAACCUCGAAGGCGACCUGCUGGGGCCUGGACGAGGGAGAGGCGGACGAUCUCCCGGAGCUCGGGCCCUGCUCGCGGAUCCGCUAACGGUGGGGGUCAUCCCGGUCCACCAACUAGACACAGAAGGGGACACAAGCACGGAGAACUGGAGAGCAGGGGUACUGUGUGGCACGGACCUCGUGGCAAGACCAAGAUGGCCGCCACGCGGGAAGCCCGGCAUAGUAGCCCACACACUCAAUGGAGGGCCCUAUAUGAAGCCAGGUUUGAAGCCAUCUGCCGUAAAUUCUGGCAACGCAUCAACCGAAGAGCAGCCACGACAACCUGCCUACCUACCAAACAGGGGACCCACUCUGAGAAGCAUCUGGGUUCAAGACUCCCACCCGGAGGGAACUCUGGAGGGGGGAGAAAUCUAG